AUGGCCAAAUCUUUCUUCGACUGUCGUGAAUUCGAUCGCUGCGCUGCUACUUUGCUACCUAGUCUUGUUCCACAACAGCCCGUUACGAGGAAUGCGACAAAUGUCGACCCAAAGUUCAAGUCGAAGCCAAAGGUUUCAUUGCCAGGCCUACCACAGCUCAGCCAGCGUUCUCUUUUUCUUGCCUUGUACGCAAAGUAUAUGGCUGGCGAAAAACGCAAGGAAGAAGACAGUGAGAUGAUUCUAGGCCCCACCGAUGGUGCUGUCACUUUGAACAAGGAGCUUAACAGGAUAUCCAGCAUUCUUGAGGAUUAUCUCAGUGCUCGAGGUGGUCUUCAAAGUACACAUGAAUCACAGGGCUUCUUGGAAUAUCUGUAUGGCGUUGUUUUGCUAAGAGGCAAAAAUGAGGCACUUGCAAAGGCAUGGCUCCUCAAAAGUGUCAAUCAAUGUCCAUGGAAUUGGGGAGCAUGGCAAGAACUUGCGGACCUGUUGAGUUCGGCCGAGGAGGUCAGUAUCCAUAGUCUCUCCUUCUGCAGCCCACUGACAAACUGGUUCAGNCUCAACGAAAUAACCGAACACUUGCCACAAAACAUCAUGACCUUCAUGUUCCACAUCUACUGUAGCCAAGAGCUUUUCCAAUCCACCGAAAAGGUUUAUAACGAAAUCAACCAAAUUAGCAGCAUCUUUCCCAACUCGGCCUUCUUGCAAACUCAGCGUGCUCUGCUGCAUUACCAUUCUNNAAAGGUGAGCAAUUUCGCACACGCUGUUACCGUUCCUGUCUUGUUGACUUUGCCUCCAGAGUUUGAAGAGGCCGAUGGAUUAUUCGCAGACCUUCUCUUGCGACAUCCUUACCGGUUAGAUUCAAUGGACUCAUACUCAAACAUUCUCUACGUAAUGCCAUCAAGGCCGAAGCUGGCACAUCUUGCGUCUGUCGCAUCAGCGAUUGACAAGUUCCGGCCGGAGACGUGCUGCAUCAUCGGAAACUAUUACUCGCAGUGCUCAGAGCACGAAAAAGCAGUCAUGUACUUCCGACGGGCUCUCACCCUGGAUCGUCAGUUUUUGUCAGCAUGGACUCUAAUGGGCCACGAGUACAUUGAGCUCAAGAACACUCAAGCAGCCAUCGAAAGCUACAGACGAGCCGUCGACGCCAACAGAAAGGAUUACAGAGCGUGGUACGGUCUGGGUCAGGGCUAUGAACUCUUGGACAUGCAUUCGUAUGCUCUAUUCUACUUUCAGCGCGCCGUGGCUCUGCAACCAUGGGACCCAAAGAUGUGGAUGGCCGUGGCCAACUCGUUCGCCAACUGCGGCAGAUUGCAAAAUGCGAUACGGUCCUACAAGCGAGCAUUGGUUGCUGGUAGCUAUCUGGAUAAUGGCGGUGGAGCAGUCAGCUUUGCAUCUUCAGCAGAUCCGCUUGCUGGAGCAGUCGGAGGUGCACUGGAUCCUGAGAUUCUCUAUCAGAUAGCUCUUCUUUACGAGCAGGACAACAACAUGGACGAGGCAUCUGCGUACAUGGAACUUACGCUGGCACAAGAGGAAGGCCCAGACGAGGAAGACCUGCCGCCAGGAGCACCACUUUCCAGUGCUGGAGGAGGCAUUGGUAUCACGCAAACGACAAGCAAAGCAAGAUUAUGGCUGGCCAAGUGGAGCUUUGUCAGACAAGAUUGGCAGCGUGCGUCAGAAUUGGCAAACGAACUGUGUCAAGAUGGAGUUGAAGUAGAGGAAGCCAAGGCUUUGGUCAGGGAUGUAAGAGCCAGGUUAGAAGCUGAUGGUCACAUAGGUGGAUGA